GCGUGGUGUUUGCUCUGCAGACGGGCUGAACUGUGAACUGUGAACUAAUAGGCAAUGCGAGAGCAGCCGCUUAUGUAAACGAGCGUCCGCCGCGGAGGGACAAGGAUGAUCCUGGAGAAACUGCAGGUCUACCUGACGACAGCAUGUCUGUUUUCCGGCAUGCUGCUGAGCACUCUCUUCCUGAGACUCAUGCUUCUCAUCUCGCCGAGCGUCACCAAGAAAAUUCUCCUGAAGAUGGGUGAAAAGGCCACCAUGACCCAAAACCCCAAUUUUAAGUAUGAAGACUGGGGUCUGACGUUCACAUCCUUAACCUUCGUCAAGACCGCCUGCCUGCACAUGUGGCUCUCUCUCGGCCAAGAGGCGUUUGUGGGCAGCAAAGCUCCGGACUCACCUGUGGUCACCCUGGAGGGGACGAGCUCCAGCAUCUUCAAGUAUCUGAAAGACAACAGGCCGCUGGUGCUGAGUUUCGGCAGCUGCACCUGACCCCCGUUUCUCUUCAAACUUGAGGAGUUCAAGCAGCUCGUCAAGGACUUCAGGGAUGUGGCAGACUUUCUCGUGGUCUACAUCGCUGAAGCACAUUCAACAGACGGUUGGGCCUUCACCAACAACGUGGACAUCAACCAGCACCAAAGUCUGGAGGAUCGCGUGUCUGCAGCCAAGAUCCUGGUUCAAAAGGAUCCUCUGUGUCCCGUGGUAGUGGAUGUGAUGUCCAACGUCACUUCCACUAAGUACGGAGCUCUGCCCGAGAGGCUGUACGUGCUGCAGGCUGGGAAAGUCAUCUACAAGAGCGGGAUGGGGCCUUGGGGCUACAGUCCACCGGAGGUGCGCUCGGUGCUGGAGAAGAUCAAAUAGGAUGGAGAAUUCGUUUGAGGGAGUUUGCCGCUGACGGUCGGAGCUCUCAGCCCUCCUAACCCUCCUCUGAGCCUGGACUCAGCCUCUCAGCGUUUGUAAGUGACGGCUACAGAUGAAACCGCUGGCCUCUGUAGCCAGAUGAGGCCAAACGCUGAGAGACUGUCCCGCCAGGGUUUGUGUUUGGGGUAAAGCAAGGGAGUCUCACCGGAUGUGCUGGAGACGUUGUUUGUGUGUCUGUGUGUCUGCCGUUUCACCUGAAGUUGUCUUAAACCCAAAGUUUAAAAGGUGACAAAGCUUUGGGACCAAUCAACAAAUCACCAACCUUCUUGUACACCUCUUGUAGCCACUGUUCUGAAGUGUGAAUUAUUUGUGUAGCCUCAGUAUUGACAGGAUGCAGUACUUUGACUUUCUCACCUUAUAUAACAAUCACUACAAUUUUCAGUUGUCUGUGAAUGCUCCAGGGUUUUUCACCAUUAGGCUGCUUUUUACAUGAAGGUUACAGUGCAAACCUCUGGUAGCUGUAAUUUGAUGGCUGGUGCAUCAAAAGUAGGCCCUUGCCUGAAUUACACAGGAGCAUUUUUGACAUGUUACUGUAUGAUUAUGCAUGUUCAUGUAUGACAAUCAAAAUUUUGCCUUUAACUAUUCUGACAUCAGAAUAAAGCACUCUUUUCAACAAAUCA